GCGCUGUGCUUGCAGUGCUGGAGCAGCUCGAGGCUGAGGGCGCUGGGUGCCGGGAGCCGCGAGCCGCGGGGCCCCACGGCCGCGGGCGCCUCAGCAAUGUUUUACUCAGGGCUCCUCACGGAGGGCGGCCGCAAGGAGACCGAAAUGCGGGAGGCGGCGUCGCUUCGGCAGCAGCGCCGGAUGAAACAGGCCGUGCAGUUCAUCCACAAGGACUCCGCUGACCUACUGCCCCUGGAUGGCCUCAAGAAGCUGGGCUCGUCCAAGGACACGCAACCUCAUAACAUUCUGCAGAGGCGACUCAUGGAAACCAACCUGUCUAAGUUCCGAAGCAGUCGUGUACCUUGGGCCUCCAAGACCAACAAAUUCAAUCAAGCUAAGUCUGAGGGGCUAAAGAAGUCUGAGGAUGAUGAUAUGAUUUUGGUUUCUUGUCAGUGUGCUGGAAAGGAUGUGAAAGUCUUGGUUGACACAGGCUGUCAAUACAAUAUCAUCUCCUCAGCCUGUGUAGACAGAUUGGGACUCAAGGAGCAUGUCAGAUCUCACAAGCAUGAAGGAGAAAAGUUUUCUCUACCCCGACAUCUCAAAGUGGUGGGCCAGAUAGAGCACCUAGUGAUCACAAUGGGCUCCCUGCGCCUGGACUGCCCAGCAGCUGUGGUUGAGGACAAUGAGAAAAACUUGUCUCUUGGUCUCCAAACUCUCCGAUCCCUGAAGUGUAUCAUAAAUUUGGAUAAGCACCGGCUGAUCAUGGGGAAGACAGACAGGGAAGAAAUCCCUUUUGUGGAGACAGUUUCUUUGAAUGAAGACAACACUUCAGAAGCAUAACUACAGUCUAUAGCAUAUCUGAACGUGUGCACACACACCAGGUUGACAGAUUGAGAAAACUGGGUUUGAACCAAAUGCUGUAGCAACUUGCUGUGGACCAAGUCCUUCCCUCUAAUAGAUGCUCCAGGGACUCCUUCCCACUCACACCUUUAUAGACUACUGUCUGUGCUUAGAGAUCUUGUCUGGUUACAGCCAUUGUUUUCUACUUCUUUGAUCACUUAAUUUAUAGACCCUUUUUGACACUGCCAGGUCUCCCUUGUGGCCUAUUUCUCUGCUUCUUCCAAGAAAUUAAUUAGUUAAGUGUAGGGGCUGCCAGGUUGUAUUUCUUCAUAGAUACACUUGCUUUUCCUAUAGCUAAAUGUGUAACAAACAGGAACCUGACUUUUAUCUCUUUCAGAGAUAUAGGAAACCUAUGUAUUGGAAUUAGAAUCCCUUCUAAUUAAUUGAUUUAUCAAGUAUGAAUUGAUGGUAAAGAGCCCAGAUAAGUAAUCUAGUCCAAACCUUGAUUUAAAGGUCCAGAGAGGCCAGUGAAUUAUCUAAACUUAUAUUUAAAGUCAGUGACAGAAGGGACCUAAAAUUCAAACCUGAUUUCUAAGCUAAAGCUCCUGUGCUGACUCAUUUGUUUUCAAGCCUUAAUGGAAAGCAAAGAGGUAUGUGU